AUGGCAUCGAAAGGGCGUGGCAAAGCUGCACAGAAGGGAAAGAGCUACGAGAAGGCUCGCGCUGGCAAAGGCGCGUCCCCCGAAGAGCACUUUGAGCUGAAGCCCAGCAAGGUGCCCUUGGGCGAAGAAAGCCGUGACGAGAUCUUGGCUUUGAUAGCUCAACUUCGCCGGAGCACAGGCGAGAAGAAGCCAGUGAGCGAAGCUGAAAGGGACAGUGCGUCGUCCGAAGAAGAGGAAUCUGGAGUUUCCAACCGGCAGAAGCGCAAGGAGCAAAUCCGACUAAAGAAGAGCCUCAUGAAGCAGUUGCUGGAAGAAGACAAGCGCGAGGCUCGGGCCACUGGUGAAGCCGAGGACGCCAACGGCAAAUCGAAAGGUUCGAAGCCCGACUCCUCCCAUGUGCAGGUCCGAGUCUUCUACCGCGACGAGAGGAAGCCCAGCGAGAAGAACAAAGGCCCUGAACUGAUCCGCAGGGGCUCAGCAGAUGCCCUCGAGGAGUUCCUCGAGAUGGCAAGGAAGAAGCUUCAGAUCAAUGGCAAGCGACGACUCUGGGUCUACAAGAAAGGUGAUAAGAGCGACGUUCAGCAAGCCUUGGCCGGGGUCCUACCCAGCGAUCUGGUACGAUAUGGUAGUGAACAGUCCGUCCAGAGUUGGAUAGAGAGUUAUUCCAGGUUUCAGCUUUUGGGGAUAAACAGUGGACGCGACAUGAUCCUUGUGGACGACAGUGCAACACUGGGGGCGGUAAGCGAGAGAUACGCAGUGGCACUGGACAGGUGUCUCUCGGACCUCGAGACUCUAGCGCCUGUCAUCCCAGGGUUGGCAUCCGACGGCGACAUGGCCCAUGCAGCGAGUGCAAUUGAUGAUACCACGGCCAUCUAUGCUCAUGCGUGGUAUCCCUUGUGCUUUACCGGCACGACGGACAAGUCCAGGCCUCACUGCAUCGAUGUGUGUGGUGCCAGUGUUGUAUUCUGGCACAACGGAGCUGGUUGGUUCGCGGCCCUGGAUGAGUGCCCUCAUCGUGCAGCGCGGCUAUCCGAGGGGCGGAUCCGAGAGAACGGACACAUUGAGUGCCCCUACCACGGUUGGUCGUUCGAAGGUGAGACCGGCCGCUGCUCGCGCAUUCCGCAAGCAGAAUCUGAAUCCGAUCGCAUACGAGAGACUGCGCGGGCUUGUACAACGGUGCUACCUGCAGAGGAACGUCAUGGCUUACUGUUCGCUUGGGCUGCACCACUCUUCGGCUCUAUGGAGCCGCCCGAUGCGGCUGCCUUGGAUGCUGUGGCUUGCGAGGAGAUUGUCGAAACAACGGGCGUGAAAUACGUUGACUACUCACGCGACCUCCCCAUGGAUUUGCCCACGGUGAUGGAAAAUGUGCUGGACCCCUCCCAUCUGCCAUUUACGCACCAUGACACAAUCAGCAAGCGUGACAAAGCAGCACCCGUGCCAAUCCGAAUAGAAGGAGCGCCAACGGCCGCAGGCUUCCGUGGUUCGCGGGUCACAUCAGCUCCUGGUGCAGUGUCUUUCGUGGCACCCAACCAUGUGGUGGCCCUAACCGCGCGGCCUGAGUCAUACCGAGACUGGAACAUUGUCUUUGUAACUCCGGGGCGACCAGGUUGCUGUCGCAUCUUCGUUCGAGUAGUUUUCGAGGUGUCCAAGAUCCCUCCACCACUGUGCUUCGUGUUCGAGUUGGCAUUCUCACCUGCUCUCCCAGCAUUCGUCACACACCUCUCCAAUCACAAGGUCCUAGAGGAUGACAACAUCUUCCUCCACUUUCAGGGCGAGACCCUGGCACCAGACGGCAUGCAGGACGCGCAGUGGCGAGAGCGGCUGUUUAUGCCCACAAGUGCCGAUGGAGCGGUGCUUUGUUAUCAUCGCUGGUUGGAGCAGUUCUCUGAAGGUGGCAUCGUCUGGGCUCGGCAGCGCGGGCGGAGGCACUGGGCAAGCAAGUAUGAACUCCUGGAGCGGCGCUACUCCCACACGGAGCAUUGCUCCAGCUGCUCGAAUGCUCUCCAUGCAGCGGACAUGCUGGGCAAGCUAGCUGAAGUGGCCGUGCUUCUGGGCGUAUUGAGCAUCUCCUUGUUUCCAGACUUUACGUGGCCCUUGGCGGCGCUGACAUUGCUGAGCUACAUGAUGAAGCAGGCCUGCGGCCGCCUGCAGCAGCAGCUCACAGUAGGAGAGUAUCCGCCUCCCAGAAACCAAGCGUGA